CAAUGGUUAUGACGAAACCUGCUCACUCUGUGCUCAGCUAUCGCUGAACGCCGAACAGCCAAUGUUUUUGUGGCGAGGAAUUAAUAUGAUUGGCCUAGGCUGAAUACACCUCGCGACCAUCCCCCGAGAGUGCAGGCACACAACCGAAGCAGACGGCCGGCGACCUUCGCUGUUACACUUGCCCGCUACAAGUGGACGGUUUCGCUGAACACCAUAAGCUUAGAGGACGGGCGGGCCUGAACAGACGAGAACUAGGGCUCGAUACGGAAUGACACAUCAGUACACAGUGUUGUGAGCUGUUGACACGACCGCGCACACUUAGACCGCUUGUACCUAACAUUGUCACGAAGCACGGGAGGCGGCCGAAACAAGGCGCGUGGAAGCCUACCACCUGUCCGCCCUUGAUUAUAGUGUCUGACCACAGUCCAGUGUAGAACUGACUUGUGACUACUUGCUCUAGUGUGGCACAGAGAACUGGCCACUUCAUGAUCUUGCAGGGGCUGUGAACCAUGUCAUGUUCACAGUUUAGUUUUAAUAGUGCAUCAGCUAACACUCAGAUUCUCAUGCCAGGACAACCGGCGGCUCAGACUCUCCACUCAGCCACCGCCGGACAGAACUGUUGUGAAUCCGGGCGUCCAGUUCUCACGGAUCCCCUCACGGGACAAACUGUGUGUUCCUGCCAGUACGACGCCCAGAUACUCAACUACCAACGGCUAGCAGCCUCGGGCUUACCACUGAACAUGUACGGAACGGCAGCAGCGGCGGCGGCAGCAGCCUACACCGGCGAUCAGCCUUUUCUUCCGCUCACACCGGAGCAGUCGGCAUUCUAUUCCCCGACGGCUAAUGGGUUUGACUUGAAGGAGAAUUUGGAAGCCUGGAGAAGCUUGCCCUACGCAGCUCCUAUGUAUUAUCCAUACGACACUGCAGGAUUGGCAGGUUACCCUUUCACAAAUGGGUAUGGAAUGGACUUAAAUGGAGCAAGGAGAAAGAACGCUACCCGAGAAACCACGAGUACGCUCAAAGCCUGGCUAAACGAACACAGAAAAAACCCUUAUCCAACCAAAGGCGAAAAAAUCAUGUUGGCUAUCAUCACGAAGAUGACAUUGACGCAAGUUUCCACGUGGUUUGCUAACGCCCGGAGACGCCUGAAGAAAGAAAACAAAAUGACAUGGUCUCCGCGGAAUCGUUGUGACGAUGACGAUGGAGAUGGAGACGGUGAUGAUGAAGUUAGUAGAAACAAAGAUUUUGAAGAUGAAGAAACCAGCAAGAUGGAAAGAAAUAAAGAAAGUGGCAAAGAUGAUGAUGAUGAUGAUGAUAUUGGAGAUGGUUCACCGGAUACAAGGAGUGAAAUACUUGAGGUCGACCAUUCAAUCCACUCUCCAGCACAGCACGAAGACGACGAUCCUUCUGAGCGACUGAGAUUAGAUCUCAGGGAGACGAGUCUGUCCGUGAUGGGUCAGAAACGGAUUGCAAUAUCUAGCCCGUCGUCUGAAGCUUCUCUCGGUUCAGACUCCGAACCCUCACAACCGCCGAUUCUAAGACUGAGUGAUCCCAACCCAGCCCCUGAGCCUCGAACAACGCCCAGUAAACCAAGAAUCUGGUCAAUAGUGGACACGGCUACAUCCACUUCUUCAUCUGUUGCGGGAAACUCGUCGAGUCUUCUCAUAUCUUCUUCUCCACUGGUGUCAGGAUCCAACAAGAUGAGUCCUCUCCAGAGAGCAGCCCGUUUAGACUAUUUGAGUCCUUAUCCCAAACCCUCCUCUUGGUACUCUAACACAUUAGGUAGCACGGCUAUUCCAGGCUCCUUUCCUCUAUCAAGUGUCUAUAGCUGUCCACCUAUUGUUCCUCCUGGUCCUGCACUAACCUCAGCGAAUUCCGGCUCCUCCAACUGCACUCUAGUCUCCUCAUCUGUCCUUUCGGACUCUGCCAGUGUUUCAGCUUCCUUAAACCGGCUCAGAACAGCCGCAGCUGCCUUCAGUGGCAGCGAUGUAUCACUGAAUAAAUCAGGAGCAAGUUGUUCUUCCUCCGUUUUCGGCCUCGCUCUACAAGGAGCUCGACUUACUCCAUCCAUACCUCAUCCGGCGGGAUCUGCUGCUGCUCUAGCCGCUGUAUCCGGCAGUGCUGCUGGAAGUCCCGUAGGCACAGUUCUUCCUAGGAGUUCUUUGAUGUCAUGAGAAUCAGAAGCUUCUUAAAAGACAUUUUUUGAGCCAGUAAAAUUCGUGAGCGACCACCAAGACGACGUUCUCUGUAAACCAGUCUUGGUGGAGGACAGUGUCCGUAUGAACCUUAUAACCAAAGACGAGUUGCCAAAAUAACCCGAUCAAUGAAAAGACGGUUUUAAUGAAUUGAACCUGUAAAGUAUGAACUAUAGUAAACAAAUGUCAGAACAGUUUUCUCUACGAAGACGCCAAUAAUUCCAUUACCAGGACUCGACAUUUUCAGUUGAGGUGACUAGGUCUUUAUUAAAUGGAAGGCCUCAGAUGCACCACAUCCUUCCGUUUGAACUUGUAUAUAUUAUGUGAAUUUGCGUGUCGCAAGUGCCAGGGAUUGUUCGCUUUAAUAUAAACAUCAAUUAACCUUUCAUCAUAAUGUUCAUAGAUUGUAACAAUUACUAACUUUCUGAAGAUGUAUCCACGAAACUCUUUUUGGCGAACUUAUUAAAAGUUGGUUUUCAAGACAGCCACAGACAUUUUAGAAAUGCAAGGUGUGGGGAAACCUCUUUCAAGAAACAAGCUACAGAAAAAAACUAAAUUGUUUUAUGUAAAAAGAAAAAAAAACGAAACAUGUAUGUAUACAAGGCGUGUUUUUGUUGCCCUCCAUAGUAUCAGUUGUUGUGAUGUACACCCCUUACAUUGUUGGCCAUUGUCACUUUAUUGAUAUUGUAUAUGCAUGUGGUAUAUAAGUGAAAAAUAUUGAAAUAAGCGUGUUAAUUUAUUGCUUUUGGAACCAUUAAUAUUCUUUCUCCUCCUUGAUGAUUUUGAUUGUUAGUGUACCAAUGAUUUCACCCUUAAAUAGUGACUAAGCACAUAAAUCAUAGAAGUGCCGGAUUGGAGCUAUAAAAUAGUAGGCUUCCUUUAGAAUUUGGUAUAAGUUGGUUGAUGUGGUCAUCCACACCGUAUUGUAGAUACAUCACGAUCUAUGCUUAGCAAACUGGGAUUUCUAGGGUUAACUGAUAGACAACGACUUUCUAAAACGUGUAACAAAGAGAAUCUGGGAUGCAGUGUAAGAGAUUUUAUUAUACGCC